GCCUUAAGAAUUUUACAGGCAUAAAACAGUCACCAAGCUCACAGAGACUCAAAGCUCCUGCUCCAGCUCCAACUCCAACUGAAGAGAUACAUAUCAACAAUCUCAAACCCUCGCUUUUCAUAGAAAUAAACAAAGCAAGAAAAUGCAACUCCAUUGUUACUCUCUUCUCUCCUGCUACUCAACCUUCUGCAUCUCUCCACCAUUCUUCUCACAAUUCAGACCCCAAUUCCCAAAACCCAACAAAAACCCAGCCCCAAUCCUCUCCUCAAACAAAGCCAACCCCGAUCCAAAACCCAACUCCACCAACAAAACCCUCAACCUCAGCAAGCAACCAGAGCCUCUCGAGCUCCUAACGAAACCCGAGAAGCCCGAAAACCCCAAUUCCGCAGAGCCUGAAACCCCCUCUGAAGAUUUCAGCGAAGCCCUAGCUCCCUUCCUCAAAUUCUUCAAAUCCGACGGAUCCGAAUCCGACUCCGAUGACGAAGCCAUCGAAUUCGCCGAUACCCAUCAACCCAUUAGCCCGAAACUCGAAGAGGUGACCGAUGUCAGUGUGAAGUACUACGAGCCCAAAAGAGGGGAUUUUGCUGUUGGCGUUGUUGUUUCGGGCAAUGAGAACAAAUUGGAUGUGAACGUGGGUGCUGAUUUGCUCGGGACGAUGCUGACGAAGGAGGUGAUGCCGUUGUAUGGCGCGGAGUUGGAUUAUUUGCUUUGUGAUCUUGAGAAGGAGAGGGAGAGGGAGGAGUUUAUGGCGAAGGGGAGAAUGGGGGUUGUGAGGGACGAGGAGGUUUUGAGUAGGGAGAAGGUAGAGGGGAGGCCGGUGGUAGAGGUGGGGACUGUGCUUUUCGCGGAGGUUUUGGGCCGGACGCUUAGCGGUCGGCCGCUGCUUUCAUCGAGGAGGAUGUAUCGGAGGGUUGCGUGGCAUCGAGUGAGGCAGAUAAAACAACUCAAUGAGCCUAUUCAGGUUAAAAUUUUUGAAUGGAAUACCGGUGGACUACUCACGAGAAUAGAGGGUCUACGAGCAUUCCUUCCCAAAGCUGAGUUGAUGAAAAGAGUCAAUAGUUUCAUGGAUUUAAAGGAAAAUGUUGGUCGCCAGUUGUAUGUGAGUAUUGUAAGGGUCGAUGAAACAACUAAUGACUUAAUAAUUAGUGAGAAAGAGGCCUGGGAUAUGUUAAACCUCAAAGAAGGGACCCUUUUGGAUGGGACUGUUCGUAGAAUCUUUCAAUAUGGAGCCCAAAUUAGGAUUGGUGAUACUAACAGAAGUGGAUUGCUACAUAUCUCAAAUAUUACUCGUGCUCGUGUCCCAUCUGUAAGUGAAGUAUUGGAAGUGGGUGAGAAGCUGAAAGUUCUUGUGGUUAAAUCAAUGUUUCCUGACAAAAUUGCACUAAGCAUUGCAGAUCUUGAGAGCGAACAUGGCCUAUUCCUUUCAGAUAAAGAGAAAGUGUUCUCCGAAGCUGAAGAAAUGGCAAAAAAGUAUAGGCAAAAGUUGCCAGUUGUGUCCCUGGCUCAUAAAUCAGAUCCGGGUCCAACAGAUGUGCUUCCAUUCGACGACGAAGCUAAACUUUAUUCAAAUUGGAGAUGGUUCAAAUUUGAACAACAUAAAGAGUUGGAUACCGGUGACGAUAAUUAAUGUCUAUGUGUGCUAUAGUUCUGAUGGGAUUUACUGAGCUUUGGAUACAUAAUGCUCUUAAGGCUAAAGCAUUUCUCUCGGCUUAACAGGAGGUAAGCAAGCAGGCGGUGGAGAGAGCUGAAAGUUAAUUGCUGAGAUGUUGACGGCUUAAAGCAAAUUGUGGGAGACCAUUUUGAUGGAGCCUAAUAUUUUGCUUCCCAACUCUGCUCAUUGAGAUCGGAUCAUCUUUUGCCUCAUUUUUAUAAUGUAAGAUGUAAGAUGUAUUUAUUUCAUUAUUCAUGUAUUAGGUAACACAAAAGGUGCGGAAAAGCAGUGGAGGGGCUACUAAUUUUAAUCACAAUUGUGUGUUAAUGUUUAGAUAGUUUGGGUACUUUGAAAAUCUAAAUACUUACCCUCUUUU